AUGACAAAGACUAAUAUGUCAGGUCAUGAUAGUUCAAGCGUCAUGCUCACAGAGCAACUAAGCACCAAUAAUGACCUUGUAGAAACUCUAGAUACUGAACCUGUUUUCGACUACCUGCUACAACAUGGUGUUUUAAAUACUGACGUUGUUGAUGGAAUCUGCAAUGAAGAUACAAAACUUGGACGUAACUCUGCUCUACUCCAACAUCUUGAUGAUAAUGGCGGUACAGCAAGAGCACUGUUUAUUAAUGCUUUACGACAAUCUGGUCAACAUAAACUUGCCAGUACUAUUGAUACUAGUCAACGAAUUAUACCAGCAACAGGUUAUUGGGAUAAACCACGCCACAAAGGUGAGGUUAAAAUAAAGAUAGGUAUCAAAUCACUCAAGUUACUGGUGCCAAAAACAGAUUCUCCUGAAAGAAAUAGAUAUUGUGUUGCUUCUGAUACGCCUCAAAAACUUCAUAAAUCAUACGAGAAUAUGCUAAUGUUAGACAAUAUUGACAGUGUGUCUAGAUCGCGGAAAAUCCUGGAAUAUUCCUACAGAAAAGAUGAUGAGGAUGAAAUUCCUGCUAAAAAGAGUUGUUGGUGUAUGUGUUUUCCAAUGUUUUGUCGACCAAAAAAGAGAAAAGAGAAAAAAUAUGAGAUAAGAACUGAAAAAAAGAAAAUGUCUGAAAAAGAUGUUAAGAAAAAACAAAAAUCUAAAGAGCCUGAAGCAAGUAGAAUGUUGGAAUAUCCUGAAAAAUGUGCCGAGCAUCAGAUUGUUGAAAAACGUCCACCAAAGAAUUCAAAUAGGGAACAACAAAAUAGAGUGUCAUAUCUUAGAGGAGAGGAACCUUUAAGUAGUACCUCGUAUGAUCAACGUAGAAACAGUGGCAGUCCACGUAAAGAAUUACAGACUGACAUUGUGGGUUAUAAAAACAAUAGAAAUGAUUCAAAACGUAAUGUAAGAUACAAAGAAAAUGUUGUACCUUUAAUAAUGCAGUAUGAUAAUCAGAAUGAAUCAAUUGAACUUAGAAUUCAAGAUGAAAAUUCAUCUCCGCGCCGUACCCAAACACCCACCAAGAAAAUAAACACUAAUAACAAUCGUACACCUAAAGGUGUGGAAAUGUGUGAAAAAUGGAAGAUUGAAGGGAAAGUUUUCGAGGAAAAAUUAACUGAGUUUUGUGCUUUAUUUGAAUUAAGAGCUAUGCAGGAAGCUAUAAUGAAAUAUUUCGAAUGUGAUAGAGGAACGUUAUUUUUCGAGAGUGGUACUGAUGGAAGUUCAGUUUAUAUUUGUAAUAUUUGUACAUCUGUUAAACAGUUAACAGAACUAGAAAGGGACUAUAAAGAAGGCAAGGUACAGUCAGAUCUGUAUAGAAUUCUAUUAAAAAAUGAUAUGCAGAUACAAAUGGCAGUACCUGGAAUAGAAUUUUCUACUGUGAUUGAUGAAGACCAAUUUACCAAAGUACGUGAAGAACUAUCAUAA